CCGAAAGCUUCACGACCUACUAUCACUCAACCCUCUCGCUCCCCUUUCCUCCUCCUAUCGCCCUCGCUUCACCCAUCGAUUCCUACCGUUGCGCUUGUCUCAUUCACUGCCAUCGACAGAGCAUUCUUUUCACUGGCGCCGCUCGCUCAAUCCCCACCCCCCGACCUGGUGAUUCUCGAUAUGCCCGCAUCCCCAUAGGCACGACUCCAAGCCUCGAGCUUGGAGAAGACUUAGCCAUCUACGAGCUCUAGGCGAAAGCAUUGAAUUGUGGGAGGGCUGAUCCAUUGAUCCGCUGGCUAUAACUAUCUGUGACCCUUCGCCCGCGAGACCAGGCCCGACACGUAAAAUGGAGAGCGGUCUCCCCAUACCGAGAAAUAAUUCGGCGGAGGAUUCAAGUGGCUCGGCCGAAGGACGCGUUCGCCGCAAAUUCCAAAGGACAACGAGCGGUAGUGAUAACAAACUACGAAAGCCAAGUGGAUCGAAUAUGACGUCCGCUCCUCGACCACCUCCUCCACCGCAGCAACAACCGCCGCCGCCGCCGGCAGAUAACAAAUCAAACUUUAGGGGAAGGCGACAAUCGCUGAGAGAACCACAUAAAGUACCGCUCGGGCCGCGACCACUGGAUAUGUCGAAGCCAAGGGUAACAUCAGAUGCAAGCGUUGCUUCCUCCACAGCCAACCGCUCCUUCCUACCAACAUCUACCAGCGAGUCGACAUUUACCAGUUCCGUUAGAACCUCCAACCCCCGUUUCAGUUUUGGCAAACAAUCACAAUCAGAGACCCCAAAAGACUUCACCGACAGCACCGGCUCCUACGACUUUCUUCCCUCAGUCAACUUCGACGAUUUCCACGCCAGCAUCUCCGCUUAUGAGCCCGACCUGAGCGACUUCCCGGCUCCUGGCGGUGGCGGUGUGGGCUUGUUUGACAGCAACAAAACCUCUUUGCCUAUUACGCAGCCAGCAACACAUGCCAACAUGGCUUCCGAUAUUUUCACGCCUGGCACUGGGACCGAGCAACGUCCGGCUCGCAGCUCUUCGUUAAUGCGACGCUUUAGCCAAUCCCGCAAGCCCAGCGAUCCAAUACCAGCAUUGCCUACUACCAACUUACCGACGAUGCCGCCGCCUGCGACCAAUAUGUCGAUUCGGACCCGACGUCAAAGUCAGUUUCCAACCCAGGCACCUCCUAAUCCUGCAGCACGGGCCCCCAGGAAAUCCGUAGGACCUGGGAUGUUGCCCUCAGGGUUCGACAGCACCCGCCACGAUGUUCCCAAAGUUUCUACUGAGAGUACUCAAGGUCGACUUGGGCGUACGCCCUCAUUGAGUGGCGGUCGUCGCAGUACAGUUUCUGCGAAUGUCAACACGACCGGAGAACCGCCUAAGCUACCCAUCGCUACACGAUCCAUCAAAGCGAAGUCGUUACAUGCUCCACCACGGCAACAGUCUGGAUUCCUCUCCACCUCCUCUAUGACUCCCGAACAUAGCAUGUCGUCAUCCCUUGCUCAUGCCCGUUCACCUGGAAAACCAUCAGCAGCACACAGGACGCAAACGCCGUCUUCGACAUCAAGCAAACGGCAGUCAACUAUGCAUCACCAUGGGGGGCUUGGAGCAAGGACAAUCAGUCCAACCGACGCUCGGCGGUUAAAGAGAAUGUCCAUGAAUCCAAACCAACCUGGAGGCCCCACAAGUCCACCGACUCCCCAGGCAGAGUUCUCAUUCGACGAUCGUGCGUUGGAACAGUCCCCUGCAUUAAUCUUCAGGAAAAGUGUUACGCCGUCUUCUGCUCGAGGCACGCCAGACCAGAAUCAAAAUCGUAAAUCAUACGCCUCGGGAAUCUCUCUGUCUUCGAAUUCCAGCGUGAAUUCACUCAGGCUUGGCAAUUCUUCCCUGCAACCGCGCAACCCAGCUCUUGCAGGAUCUCGAUUGCCAACACCAAAACCUAGGAAUCUUCAUAGCUCUGCUGCAACAGAAGAAGAAGAAGUACCUCCCGUGCCAGCCAUCCCGAAAGCUUACGAAUCUCCGAAAGAUCCGGAUCAUAGCUAUUUCUCUUUCUCCGCGCCUGGGGUGAAGUCAGCUCUUCCAACACCACCAGCUCAGGAUGUAAAGGCACCAGGUGAUACCAUUAGCACAGAACUUCAGAAUAUCGAAGCUCUGGGUAUCGACCCUAGCAAAACGGAUCCUCCGCGUAAGAACAACGCUACAAUCCGACAUAGAAGGGGGCUCACUGUUGGUUCUGGCUCAACUGAUGUUGAGAAAACUCCGUCAGUACCGCACACGAACAAGAAGAAUCUGCAGCCAAUCAGGCUUCCACCGUUGAAUCUGUUACCACUUGGUACACCUUUCAACAACAGAAUGUCGUCGUUCACUUUGCCCUCUACUGGAGGCGACGAGCGCACUACUACACCCCCACCAAAACGUGGUAACAAGACACCUAGUACGCCGAUGACAGCAUCGAAAGCGUCGUUCUUCUCCAGGAGUAAUAACUCAGAACACUAUGAUAUGAACAAGCAUCUCCGAAGCAGUAGUUCCGCGAUAAAUCUACGGCCAUCAGAUUCUGAGACUGAGCAUUCAUCUGCUAUGCCGAUUCCUACCCUCAACCCCACACGCCAGACAACCACGCCAUUCGCAUCAAAUUCUCUGCCCAAAGGAAGUGGUGAAUUCGUUCGCAUGUAUUCUCGCCCAAGCGGUGAAUAUAGCCACAUGGAAACGGGAAUGGAAAUGCAGAACAUGAAGGUGAAUGGACCACGCCCACUCCCCAAGGCUGGAAUGGCAACUCCGUCCGCUCACGACCAUUCAAUGGAAGCUGAACCUUCCACACCCAACACAUCUUUAAGAAGGAAACUUAGUCUUGGCGGCUGGCGUAGAGCCUCAUCAAAGACUGCCUCCCACCCGUCACACUCUUCGCAUGCACCCAGUGCGUCGCAGAAGAACGACGAACAACAGCACCAACCACCUCAGGUACCAAAACAUAACGAGAUGCCCCCGCCUAAACUCCCGGCAUCCGCAACCUGGAGUGGUGCGAUUGGUGCGAAUAGUCCUACGCCAUCUAAUCGCACGCGUCCGUCCCUCGACUCUGGUCGCCGCAAGACCUCUACUACGACCAUUGGGAGCGAUGCCGAAUUGGACAAGCUCAGCAUUCACAAGACCAACAGUGGUCCGGCUGCUCGUGCUCACUCAAGCGCAAACGAACAAGCAAACAUCCCUACACCCAAGUCGAGUUCAUCGUCGAUCUUGACGCCAAUGCAACGAAUGCUCGGCUCUAAGAGUUCGAGUAAUGUGCUUAAAGCUCGCCACCUCGAUCCCAAUCUGGACCGCGACGAUUUACUGGCAGAUGAGGAAAUGCGGAAGCUAGCCUCGAAACGGAAGGAUUUCGAAAGCGCUGCAAGAGACGUUGAUGAACUCAGGAAGAGAGCGAGACCUCAAGAGCGUGUCACGCCAGCCCAAGCUAUCCAGAUGGUCAAUCUCAACAUCUUCGAGCGAGGUGAAAUCAUCGACUAUAAGGAGAUCUACUUCUGUGGUACGAAGAACGCAAAGAAACAUGUCGGCGACCUCAACCAGCAAACGCUCAAUUUUGGUUAUGACGAUGACCGCGGCGAUUACAACAUUGUUCUUGGGGAUCACCUUGCAUACAGAUAUGAGGUUGUCGACGUUCUGGGUAAGGGCAGCUUCGGGCAGGUUGUUCGCUGUGUUGAUCACAAGACUGGAUUACUCGUCGCGAUCAAGAUAAUCCGUAACAAGAAGCGCUUCCACCAGCAAGCUUUGGUGGAGGUCAAUAUCCUACAGAAACUGCGCGAAUGGGAUCCCGACAAUAAGCACAGCAUGAUCAAUUUCACACAGAGCUUCUACUUCCGAGGUCAUCUCUGCAUCUCGACCGAGCUUCUCGGCAUGAAUUUGUACGAAUUCAUUAAGGCACAUGAGUUCAAGGGCUUCUCGCUCAGACUUAUCCGGCGUUUCACCAAGCAAAUGCUUUCAUCGCUCGUUCUUCUCAGGAGCCGCCGGGUCAUACACUGUGAUCUAAAACCCGAGAACAUCCUUCUUGCGCACCCGCUGCACUCCGAGCUGAAGGUCAUCGAUUUCGGGUCUAGUUGCUUCGAAAACGAGAAGGUCUAUACAUACAUCCAAUCGCGCUUUUACAGAUCUCCCGAGGUCAUUCUUGGAAUGAGCUACGGAUUGCCGAUCGACAUGUGGAGUUUGGGCUGUAUCCUGGCGGAAUUAUUGACGGGUUAUCCCAUCUUUCCGGGAGAGAACGAGCAAGAACAGCUCGCUUGUAUCAUGGAGAUCUUUGGCCCGCCUGAAAAACAUUUGAUCGAAAAGAGCAGCAGGAAGAAGCUGUUCUUCGAUUCCUUGGGCAAGCCCAGGGUCACUGUCUCGAGCAAGGGUCGCCGGCGACGGCCAAGCUCGAAGACUCUACAGCAAGCUCUGAAAUGUGACGACGAUGCUUUCCUGGACUUCAUUGCGCGAUGCCUGCGUUGGGAUCCGGAACGGCGCAUGAAGCCAGAGGAGGCCCAGCUCCAUGAGUUCGUCACAGGCAUGCGGAAAACUGGUAGGGGACGAGCGCCGAUGAAUGGCGCGUCAGGCUUCUCGUCACCCAUGAAGCGACUCCCGCCAACGGCCUCAUCGCAACAACGCGUACGGCCACUACCUGAGCCGCCAGGGACAAACUUCAAGAAUGGGGUAGGUCCGGGAUCGAGUCAAGUCCCCAGCAGCUCGCCUGUGAAGAUUGGAGGGCCAAGACGGCAUUCGACCGUCCAGGGUGGGCCAGCGGCCACGGGAGUUAAGCGGACGGCAAAUGGGGCCCCGCUGAAUGUCACUAGCGGUCUACCCCGGGUUGCACAGCGGAGUGCAUCUGGGAAGCCUGAUCUGGCGUCAGCGGCGGCAAUUGCGAGCCUUAAGUCUCGCUAAACAUUCGCAUGCAACCUGAGGAUUUCAGUAACAUGGCACGCGACCAUGUAACGAAAAGCAUAACUAGAUUUGGACGAUAUGUACAACCAGGCGGGGCGGGAGGGAUGGGAUAUCAUGAGGAGAAGUGUUUCACAUAGGUAGUUACCGAAUUGACGAAUGGGGGGGCCAGCAGCAUCUUGCAUCAUUUCUAUCCACGACGCUUAUACCCCGACAACCUUGUUUUCAUCGCGAUGGGAAUUAUAUUUCAUUGGAUAGGCUGGGGAAGGACCAAAUG